UACAGACAGUGAGAGGUAGAGACAAAGGUCUUCUUUCUGUUGUUUCACUCCCCAAAUGGCCACAAUGGCCAGAGCUCCGCCAAUCCAAAGCCAGGAGCUUCCCAGUCUCCCAUGCGGGUGCAGGGGCCCAAGGAGUUGGGCCAUCUUCUGCUUUCCCAGGCCACAGCAGAGAGCUGGAUGGGAAGAGGAGCAGCCGGGACUAGAACUGGCGCCCAUAUGGGAUGCCAGUGCCGCAGGCGGAGGAUUAACCUACUGCACCACAGCGCCGGCCCCAGGGGUCAUAUUUUUAACUGAGCUGAGAUGGUGAAGUACGAGAAGGGAGGAGCUUAAGUGACUCCAGAUGGCUCGGGGUAGUCAAGCAGAGUACGGCGCCAGUGCAGUCUGAGCAGGGAACUCCAAAAGGAGGGUGCAGCCGGGCCCUCCUCCCGCUGGUGCCCUCCGGAAUCUCCUCAGUGCACUUCGGGGAAGACAUGCAGUGCCAGGGAGACUUGGCACUCCUCCUGCCCAGGGAACGUGCCUUCGUGUUCCACUCAUCUGCCGCUGUGUUUGCCUCUCCUAUCCUUAGCGCACGCCUCCGCGCAGUCCAGCAGCUGGCUCUCGGCUGGGCCUUGGGGCUGCAGAAAGAAACCUUGCUCUCAGGGAGUUGCUGCACAGGGCAAUGAGCAGACCUGGGGACAGUAGCCCAGGGUGCUAGUCUGCGGAGUUGGGGGAGCCUUCCUAGAGGCAGUGACCCCAACCAGACUCGAGUUUUGAUUGGUUGGAUGAGAGCUCCAUCAUGCAAGGGGUGAGGACCCGCCUUCAACUGAUAGCUGGUGCGAAAAUCUCAGAGCUCGUUAGCCAGAACACCCUGGGGUGACUCCACUCUAUGCCCAUCGCUUUGCUAGGCCAGAUCCUUUCGCCAUCUCUGUACCAGCACUGGCUGCACUGCUGUGGCCACACGAAGACUUGGCCCAAGAUAGAAGAGUGAGGAAGCUUCUGCACCAAUAAGCAUGACAGGCUGCCAAAGGCCCUGGAAGGAGGAAGUGGGCGAGGGCCUUAUCCCAAAAGGGCAGCCUCAGGUCUUAUCAAGGGGCAGCAGCUUCCGGGUUCCUGCCCCCAUCCUGGCCGAGUUACAAAGCGCCACCGCGAUGCAGCCAGCUCGAUGGGGCGAGGGAGGAGCUGGAGGACUGCAGGCCAGGGUGGACCUGUGGCGUUGUAGGAACAAUCAGUCCACACCUGGACUCUCGGGCACCAAGUGAGGAUGGCGUGGCCGAGCAUGGAGGUAGUGGAGCUGGGGUGAAGGAUCGGGAGACAGCUGAGAGGCAGGAUCGGGGGGACGUGGUGAGCAGCUGCUCCUGGGAAAGGCAGGAGAUGUGACUUCUGGCCAUGCGCAUCCACCCCUUGGAGGGCCUCACCCCCUUCCUGGCAACGCCAGACACCGUCCGGGUCCAGGGCCAGCCCUUUGCCUACUGUUGAGCAAGUUACGCUGGGUUCCAGUUUGAUAAGAAAAGACUUCCUGUGGUGAGAACUGGAGGGAAGACGAAGGAGCUGACCCAUUCCUGCCUAGGAGGUUGUGGGAGAAGGAAGAUGGCCAGAGCCUUGGGUCCACUGCCUGCCUUCUGGUUUCUGGAAUGGGCCCUGCUGCUCUUGGGUCCAGGUGCUGGACCUCCAGCCUGGGCCUUGAACCUGGACCCAGUGCAGCUCACCAUCUAUACGGGCCUCAAUGGCAGCCACUUUGGGUUUUCACUGGACUUCUACAAGGACAGCCAUGGAAGCGUGGCCAUCGUGGUGGGCGCCCCGCGGACCCUGGGCCUCGGCCAAAAGGAGACGGGCGGCGUGUUCCUGUGCCCCUGGAAGGCCGAGGGCAGCCCGUGCAGCCUGCUGUCCUUCAACCUCAGCGACGAGUACCGAAAAACGAGCUCCCAACUUUUCCAAACCUUCAGGGCCCGGCAAGGCCUGGGGGCGUCGGUCGUCAGCUGGAAUGACAUCAUUGUGGCCUGCGCCCCCUGGCAGCAAUGGAACGUCCUGGAAAAGGCAGCGGAGGCCGAGAAGACGCCGGUCGGCGGCUGCUUCGUGGCUCAUCUGCCUAGCGGGAGGCGCGCGGAGUACUCGCCCUGUCGUGGCAACACCAUGAGCCACGUUUACGAAAAAAUGUAUCUUAGAGACUUACGCUCCUGCGAAGCGGGCUUCAGCUCCGUGAUCACCCAGGAAGGAGAGCUGGUGCUGGGGGCUCCGGGCGGCUAUUAUUACUUAGGUUUCCUGGUCCGGGCUCCAAUUGCCAACAUCAUCUCGAGUUACAGCCCCGGCGUCCUCUUGUGGACCGUGCCCAAUCAGAACUUCACCUUCGACUACAGCAACCGAAAGUACUUCGACGGCUACCGAGGGUACUCGGUGGCCGUGGGCGAAUUCGAUGGGGAUCUCAGCACAACAGAGUAUGUCCUCGGUGCCCCCACUUGGAGCUGGACCAUGGGAGCGGUGGAAAUUUUGGAUUCCUACUUCUACAGGCUGCACCGGCUGCAGGGCGAGCAGAUGGCUUCGUAUUUUGGGCACUCUGUGGCGGUCACUGAUGUCAACGGGGAUGGGAGGCAUGACCUACUGGUGGGCGCUCCUCUGUUCAUGGCGAGCCAGGCAGACCACAAGCUGGCCGAGGUGGGGCGCGUGUACUUGUUCCUGCAGCUGCAAGGCCCCCACCUGCUGGGCGCACCCAGCCUCCUGCUGACCGGCACGCAGCUCUACGGGCGGUUUGGCUCUGCGAUCGCGCCCCUGGGCGACCUCAACAGGGAUGGCUACAAUGAUGUUGCGGUGGCUGCGCCCUACGGGGGUCCGAGCGGUCGGGGCCAAGUGCUGGUGUACCUGGGGCAGAGCGAGGGGCUGAACCCACAUCCCUCCCAGGUCCUGGACAGCCCCUUCCCCGCGGGCUCUGCCUUUGGCUUCUGUCUGAGAGGUGCCACAGACAUCGAUGACAACGGAUACCCAGACCUGCUGGUAGGAGCUUACGGGGCGGACAAGGUGGUUGUGUACAGAGCCCAGCCGGUGGUCAUGGCCGAUGUCCAGCUGCUGGUGCAAGAUUCGCUGAACCCUGCUGUGAAGAACUGUGUCCUGCACCAGACCAACACCCCCGUGAGCUGCUUCAACAUCCAGAUGUGCGUGGGGGUCACCGGGCACAACAUUCCCCAGAGGCUGUACCUGCAGGCUGAGCUGCAGCUGGACCGCCAGAAGCCCCGCCAGGGCCGGCGAGUGCUGUUGCUGGGCUCUCAGCAGGCGAGCACCACCCUGAGCAUGGACCUGGGCGGGAGGCAGAGCCGCCUCUGCCACAACACCACGGCCUUCCUUCGCGAUGAGGCGGACUUCCGGGACAAGCUGAGCCCCAUCGUGCUCAGCUUCAACGUGUCGCUGCAGCCCAAGGAGGCUGGCGUGGCCCCUGCCGUGGUCCUGCACGGGAACACCCACGUGCAGGAGCAGACCCGCAUCAUCCUGGAGUGUGGGGAAGAUGACGUGUGCGUGCCCCAGCUUCACCUCACGGCCAGCCUGAAGGGCUCCCCACUCCUGAUUGGGGCUGACAAUGUGCUGGAGCUGCAGAUGGUCGCGGCCAACGACGGGGAGGGGGCCUACGAGGCAGAGCUGGUGGUGCACCUGCCCCUGGGGGCCCACUACAUGCGGGCAGUGAGCACCAUGGAGGGCUUGGAGAGACUCAUCUGUAACCAGAGGAAGGAGAACCAGACCAAGGCGGUGCUGUGCGAGCUUGGCAACCCCAUGAAGCAGGCGCGGAUAGGAAUCACGAUGCUGGUGAGCGUGGGGAACCUGGAAGAUGCUGGCGAGUCUGUAUCCUUCCAGCUGCAGAUCAGGAGCAAGAACAGCCAGAACCCCAACAGCGAGGCUGUGCUGCUGGCUGUGCCGGUCCGCGCUGCUGCUCAAGUGGAGCUGCGAGGGAACUCCUUUCCAGCCUCCCUGGUGCUGGCAGAAGAAGGUGACCAGGAACAGAACAGCUUGGACCUCAAAGUGGAGCACACCUAUGAGUCCCAGCCCUCGGACCUGCUCUACAUCCUGGGCAUAGAGCCGCAGGGGGGCCUCCAGUGCUCCCCACAGCCCUCGCCCAACCCCCUCAAGAUAAACUGGAGGCUGCCCACUCCCAGCCCCUCUCCCAUGCACCCGGGGUACCGGCGCGAGCGCAGGCAUGCCGACCUGCUGGAGCCGCAGCCGUCCUCGGCCGCGGGGCUUCGGGAUCCGGUCCUGGUGAGCUGUGACUCGGCGCCCUGCACUGUGGUGCAAUGUGAGCUGCAGGAGAUGGCGCGCGGGCAGCGGGCCAUGGUCACCGUGCUGGCCCUGCUGGGGCUGUCCAGCCUCCGCGAGAGGCCGCUGGAUCAGUUUGUGCUGCAGUCGCAAGCUUGGUUCAACGUCUCCUCCCUCCCCUACGCGGUGCCCGCGCUCAGCCUGCCCAGCGGGGAAGCUCUGGUGCAGACCCAGCUGCUCCGUGUCUUGGAGGAGAAGGCUGUUCCAAUCUGGUGGGUGCUGGUUGGCGCCCUGGGCGGCCUCCUGCUGCUCAUCCUCCUGGUCCUGGCCAUGUGGAAGGUGGGCUUCUUCAAGCGGAAUCGGCCGCCUCUGGAAGAGGAAGAUGAAGAUGAGGAGUGACAGGGCAGCUGUGCUAGCCUCCUCCCGCUGCUGCUGGCUCUGCCCCCCCCCCCCCCGUGGGCUGGAGCUGUUCUCGGGGCUCCUGCUGCCCUGCCCCUCCCCCACGGAGCAGGGCCACCCCAUCCCUGCUUCCUAAUAAAGAGACGGAGUCCCCACA